AUGGUCGUGCACCGCAAGAAGAAGCAGCGGCAGCGCUUCCUGCUGUCCAAGUCCACGCACUUCGUCGUGGCCAACACCAUGAAGCACGCGCUGGAGAUCUACAACAAUGAGGCGCGGACGGAGCUUGUGUACUUGCUGUCGCUUGCGGACGCAGUGCUGAGCUUCGAGUCGGACAACGCCAAUAUCGUCAUGGAGAAAUGUUUCUGCGUGGAGGUGCGAACCUGGAAGAAGAAGAACACGCUGCGCCUACAGCCCCAGGGCUUUAUAUUCUUCGAGGAGAACCAGGCUCGCAUGCUGCUGUGGGUGAAAUGCAUC